AUGAGGGAUGCCCGCGUGUCUUCUCCUCCCCACCCUGCAGAAAUCGGCCCGGAGUCUCGCAUCACCGGCGACCUCACCGUUCACAAAAAGUGGCUCGCAACAGGAGGCAUGGACAACUGGGCGGACGCCGUUCUUAACAGAGACCUCACAACAGACAUCACGUGGCCAAUCUUCGAAGCCACCGGCCUACACUUGCUAGAGUGUGCUCAUGGCGGCCCUCCGACCCUGGCCGCAGUUGAAAAUAACCCGCGCAACUUGACACCCCUGGAAGUGUUCAAAAUUGGCAAGCUCAUCCUCCCACACCACCAACCCUUCCAGCACUGGGUCUCCUCGGCCACCGCGCUGGCCAAAGUCCGGCCCGCGAUCUACAUCCAAGCAGCCAACUACCUGAAGGAGAUGCGCGCGCACAGCAAGAGCCAGUCCCCGCCGCCGCCGCCGCCGCCGCCGCCGCGCGAUGUGCCGAUCCUGCAAGCCGUCGAAGCCCUGGCGACGGGCCCCUUUCCCGACCCGCGCGCCAUGCACCUUCACGCGCGGGUCCUCUGCCACCGACAACAGUACCGCGAGGCGAUGGCCCUCCUGGACGAACUUCUCGAGCUCAUCUACCCAGCCAAGAAACUCGAACCAGGGUUCGAGACGGGGCUGUACUUCCCGCCCAUCGACUCCUUCUGGGACACCUACAUCUGGGUCCAGGGCCUCAUGCUGGACCACAAGUACCAGACCAAGCACACGCCCGAGGAGAUCUACCGCCGGGCCGCCGAUGAGUUUAAACAGCCGGAGUACCUCGUGCGGUACGCGGGCCACCUGCGCGAGCAAGGCCGGUGGGACCAGUACGAGAAGUACAUGCACAUGGCGGUCAUGGCGGGCCACCGCCGGGCCACCCGCCGGCUGGCCUGCUACUACUACCUCAUCGCGCAGGGGCGGUACCCGCGGCGCGGGCAAUCCGCCACCACCAACUUCCCCCGCCCGGUCGACCCUGCGCAGGAGGGCCUGGGCUUGCUGCAGGAGAGGCACCGCCCGUGGUGGCAGCGGCUCCGCGACGAACUCUGGGCCGAAUCCCGCCGGCCGUCGUUGACGCACUAUCGCGCCAUGGCCCGGGAGCUGUUCGAGCUGGCGGCGGCGUAUGGGAGCCCCGAGUCCGUCGUCGUCGCCGCCGUCAUGGCCCGCGAGGAGGGCCGCCUGGCCGAGGGCGAGCAGAUGAUCCGCACUAUGCUUCGCGCCACCCAAUUUCAGGGCUCCGAGUGGGCGCAGGUCAAGGUGGAUGUGCAGAGCCUUCUGGAGAAAUGGGAGGAUCUGCAGUUCAAGUUUAAGAUCCCGGAAGAGUACUUCGUCCUCUAG